AUGAGUGCUCAUAAUAAGGCUGUGAGAUCUCUAAAAGAUUUUGAAAAUCAAAAGGCUAACCUUCCAUCUCUCUUUGCUGACCAAUCAGAGGAGAACAAGAUUAAAUAUCGAGAGCGAUUACAAGCUUCUAUUAAAUGUUUGAAGUGGCUUUUACUUCAAGGUUUGCCUGCUCGUGGACAUAAGGAAAAUGAAACUUCUUCUAAUAGAGGUAACUUUGUUGAACUUCUGAAAUUUCUUGCCUCAGAAAAAGAAGAUGUUGCUAAAGUUGUUUUAGAUAAUGCACCCGGUAACUGCCAAAUGACAGCUCCUUCAAUUCAGAAGGAUAUUAUUAAUGCUUGUGCAACUGAGACAACUAAAGCAAUUAUGAAAGAACUUGAUGGUGAUUUUUUUACUAUUCUUGCUGAUGAGUCUGCGGAUAUAUCUGAUAAAGAACAAUUGGCUCUGUGUCUGCGAUAUGUUAAUAAAAGAGGUGAGGUUAUGGAGCGCUUUCUCGGUGUCGUACAUGUUGCCAAUACCACAUCUUUGGCAUUGAAAGAGGCAAUUGAGUCACUUCUAAUGGAGCAUUCUCUAAGUUUUUCUAGAGUUCGAGGCCAAGGUUACGACGGUGCUAGUAAUAUGCAAGGUGCAAUUAAUGGCCUUAAAACUUUAAUUCUAAAUGAAUCUCCAUCUGCACAUUGUGUUCAUUGUUUUGCUCACCAACUUCAACUGACACUUGUUGCUGUCGCAAAGAAAAAUGCUGAUUGUGGGUGGCUUUUUGUUGAUGUGCUUGCACCUUUACUGAAUUUUGUGGGUGGUUCACCUAAACGGAAAGAAUUUCUUCGAAAAAAACAAGCUGAACGUGUGGUAGCAGCAUUAUCUUUAGGUGAACUUGAAUCUGGAACUGGCUUAAAUCAAGAGCUUAGUCUGAGUAGACCUGGUGAUACUCGUUGGGGUUCUCAUUUUAAAACAAUUUUGAAUGUGCUUAAUUUAUACCCAACAAUUCUUGAGUCACUUGAUGCCAUUGGAGACGUUUCUGAUAGUGUUGACCGGAAUCGAGCUGAGUCACUUACACACUUGCUGAUGUCAUUUGAUUUUAUUUUUGUGGCACAUUUGAUGAAGAGUAUAUUUGCGAUUACAAAUGAGUUGAACCUAGCUUUACAAAGAAGUGAUCAAGAUAUAGUGAACACAAUGAAAAUGGUUGACGUGACUAAGAUCAAUUUGUAG